AUGGAUAAGGAAAAAGCAGCAGCACGCUUAAAAAUCGAGAAAAUCAAUAUCAUAAAAUUGAUUUCAACCAAAAUUCUCGACGAAAUGAUUGGCGUUAUUUGUCGAUCUGCAGACUGUCAGAUAAAUGAAACCUUGGUGCCAUAUUUAUGGAGAAUCAGCAAUUGUCACAUUGAUGCGUGGUACUAUGACCAUUGCCGGGAACUUAUUAAUAUUACCGGUGGAGAGAAAAGGGAAUUUCUCAAAUAUACCAACCCAAUUGUUCGAGGAGUUAUUGAAGAAUUCGAAAAGUUCAUCGAAGCUAAAGUCUCAAAUACUCUAAAGACGCCGGAUCCGGAGAAUUUUUUCGUGGCACAUGUCUUGAAGGGGUCAAAGUUUGUUUAUGAACGCAGCUGUGGUUUCUACAAAAUGUGCAAGUUUGCCAUGGCUUGGAAGAAUACACCACUUUUGAUGGAGAUGUACAAAAACGAGGUGGACUACAUCAAAAGGAGUGUUGGUGCUCACACAAUCCCUAUUUAUGACCGUCUUGUCAAUAGAAUAACUUUGGAUCGCUCGGAGAAGCUGGACAAGUACCUCGACAAAUCAGACCACAUCACAAGAAUCUAUGUCCACAUUGUCGUUCUCCCAAGUAUCAAAAAAGAGGAUAUCGUCAAAGGAAACGCUGAUUUGGAAUCUUCGGAGCUUGAAAAGGACCAGAAGAAAGGGAAGCCGGGUUUCUUUGGAUUCUUCCGUAAAUCUCGCAAGUAA